ACUGCAUACUGCACAACAGUGGCAAGUGGAUGAAGUUAAGUCGUUUAAAAGUGGUGAAAAAUUAGUGAAAAACGUGAAAAAUUGGUGAAAAUGAGAAAACAUUUUGCUAUCGAGUGAAUACUAAUACGUUUCGACAUGGAUUCCAAAAAAGAUAUUUACAAUCUGUGGAUUCAAUACACGACGAAGAAUGAGGAGAUCUACUUCCGGCAGUUCGUUCAAGGAUUCGUCAGUAUCUGGCAAAGUCAGCUUCUGCUGGAUUUCGAUAACGUUCCGCGUUGGGCAUCUAUUUCUCCCGAUUCUGGACCACACCUGAAUCGACUUCCGGAGGAGUUGCUACCGGCAAUAGAAAAAUUUCUGAUCAUAGCCCGGGACAAGUAUGAAAAGACCUCCAGUGAUGGCGCAGACGAUGAGAAGGAUAAUGAAACGAUUAUGGAAAUUCAAUUAUUGGUACAAUGUCUGACAAUAAUAUGUCGUCACUUUGACAAUAUCGGAACGAUAAUCAAGUCAAGCUACAUAUCCAGUUGCGUUGCGAUUUCAAAUUCGAUUGUUGAUAAGUUGAAUGGAUCGGCAUCGUUCAGCACCGCACAACCCCAAUUCAUAAAAUGCUUCAGCAAUUUUCUCGAAGUGCUGUACGAUCCGUAUUUUACCUGGAGGAACUUUCUGCGUGGCGAAGUGGCCGAUUAUGCUAAACUUGGAUACAAGAUCUCCCCGAUGCAUGCCGAGAUAGUGCCAUUCAUAUACGAUUGUUUUCAAACGAAAAAGGUUUCCAAGAAUCCGGAAAUCGGUAAACAUUUGAUUCAUAUCCUAGGUGCAGUGAUAUCUGGAUCACAGGUUGCUCUUAUUAAUGAACCGAAUCAGAACAUUAAUUCUUAUCAUCUAAACUAUCCUACUGGUGACGGAAAUGCUAAUGUGGAUAACGGAUUGCGUGCCAUAAGUCCCGCCACGGUUACCAUAGUUAUGGAUGUUUUGUCCAAGUGGGAAAGUGAUUCGAGCUUACGCCAGCUCGUACUGCAAUGUUUCACCAUGAUGGCAAUCAUAUUGCAAAAGUCUAGUCCUGAACAGCGUCAAAUCGAUUUACUUACUAUUUUUCAACUGUAUAUGGGAGCCGUUCACACCUUACUGGAAACGGAGCAUUUCCUGCAGAAAACAUCGCCGGCAGAAAGUUUCGAGGUUUCGCCAAAUGAUGAUAAUUACAUUGACGUCGGGGCUCUGACUGCUAUUAUCGGAGUGAUAGAGCACUUCCUACCGGGGCACGUCAACAAGCAUGUACUGUGCAAUGCCAUGUUUGAAGCAAAAUUUAUACCCAGCCUAGUGCUGAUCCCGGAACGUGUUAAGUUCUGGCAUAUCGAUCAUCAAACAUUGGGCUCAACACUGGUCAGGAAUUUCCAUAAGCUUUGCAGCAGUUCUGAAAAAAUCCACUACAAUCUAAUGCAUACCAACAACGUGAACGUUUUGUUCGAUGGAUUGAAACUUUUCGGGCGACCGUCUCACGAUUUGGUAUGCGAUUGUUUGUACUUUGCCUUCGAGGGAGGCGAUUACCAUAGUUUGAACGCUCGAAUCGUUAUCAAGCUGGUGGAGUGGAUACCUGCGAUGGCUGAAGCGGAACAAAACUACAUCAGUGACGUACUGCUAAAGAAGUGUUCGGCCAGCAUUCAAAGCAAACAUUCAAUAUCGGAGCAACGGAUGAUUAAGUGUAUCGUAGAUUACUGCCUGGAAGAUCAAAAUAAAUUGUCAGCAAAGUGCGCUGUAAACUUGCUUAAAUUGAUAGAGGAACUCGCCAAGCAUAGUAUCCACCCGAUUGAGCUGAAAUGUCUUCUCCGGUUGCUCAGGAACGAUGCUAGCUUUGAAUAUAGAAAACAGUUACUGGAAGUCAUUCUGAAGGUUUCUCAAUAUAGACUGUCACUUGGAGUUACCCCAAUAGAGUAUCUGGAUAUCCAAGGUAACACAAAUGGCAUUACAAUUCCCGAAAUACGUAAAUGGGAUACCGCCCAUGGAUUUGUGUUUCAUGCUUGGGUUCGACUUGAUAAAGACGUAGAACAUUUUAACGACGCGGAAGGCAUUAAUCUGCAAAACUAUCGCAGACAUUUAUUCAGCUUGACGACGAAUUUCGGAACCGGGUAUGAAUUUUUCAUCCAGAAAAACGGCAAUUUUGUGGUUAGUGUCAUAACAAAAAAGGAAUUUUUCACCGCAACCGCUCAGUCGACCCACUUGCUGGAUGGUCGAUGGCAUUCGAUUACUGUAAGCGUAAUUCCACCGAAGAGAUUGUUUUCAUACCAUCAGAUCAACGUUUAUAUAGACUCGGUGCAGAAACUUGGAUCAACGAUGAAAUAUGCAGCAUUUGCCGAGCUAUUCCAUUACUGUGCCAUUGGUGCUCCGUACAACAAUGUUCGGAAGGUAUCACAUACUUCCCAUCUGUCGAACACGGCUCGCAUGGCAUCGUCACCGGAAAGUACGCCUCCUCCCGUCGAGAGAGACGAAAAACCUAAAGGUGGCCUAUUUCCCAGCUUAAUGGAGAAAACCUUCUUCCCUGGAAUAGUGUCACAGGUCCCGAGUUACUUCACUCUGCCUGCGCGCCAGUCUUCUACAUCGUUGGACCCGAGUGUGAAAUCCUAUCCGAUUGGAAUGCAGGAUCUAGUGUUUGGUGAAGCUAUCAGCCUUAAAGGACAGCUGGGCAGUGUUCUGCUGGCUGACACAAACAUAAGCCUGAAAAGCUUAUUCGAAGCUGGCCCUAGCAUUGCCAACGUACUCGCUACGGAUAUGAUCGAAUCGUUCGACAUGGCUUCCAAGUUUGUGUUUUGCUUUUCUCCGAGCGCAUGCUACGACGGAUUGUGUUUAGAUCUUGCUCCAGGAAAUCAGUACAAUGGCCACGUGGUAGCCAACGUAUCCAGUAUAUUGUCAAUUCAGAAUGCCAUCAAUGGAGUGGGAGGCAUGAUGGCUCUGUUACCAAUUUUGGAUAACAUUUGUAAAAUUCCCGCAUGCGAUAUCCCUACAUCGGAUGAACUGCUGCCAUUAACGCCGGUGGCAUCACCCACUGCCACGAGGGAAGAUUAUUUCAGCGACUGGGAAGUACUGCAGCCAAAUUCACUGACAGAAAACAAGAUCAUACAGAAUCCCAUAGCUUGUUUCAUUUGUUUGGUGAGAAAUUUUAUCCACGGCAACGAUCUAAACAAAGAAAGCUUCCUUAAGAAUGAAGGCAUUUCCCUCGUAAGCCAGCUGCUGCAGUCGUGUAACGAAGCGUGGUUUGAUGUAAAUGUCCUGAUGGCAGUACAAUUGUUGAUCGAAUCAAUUCAAAAUGAGAUGCCCUCUGCCAAUAUGGACCUACUGCAUGUGCUCUAUAAAGAUUUGGUGUUCAACUUUCGAAUCUGGUCGAGGGCGCAAUUCCAGAUUGUCAUCGGACACAUUCAGUACAUCAGUGCCAUCAUCAAAGAUGAUAGGAAAUAUUUUCGCAAACACUUCGGAACGCAAUUUCUGCUGGAUGUGGUCCAGGAGUUUUUCGCCGGCAGUUGUACCCUUCCAGCACAGGAUGCCAAAAUGGUGCGGGAUUCAUUGUUGAGGAUACUUCGGUAUUAUAUUCAAAAGGAAGUUAACAUUAAGGAGAUUUCCUCGCUGCUUAUAUUUUUGACGACAGUCAAGUCGGAGCCGGUUGUGGUGGAGAUCAUUGAAAUGCUAACAGCCCUCAUUGAAGGAAAGCACGUCAAGGAUCAGAUCUUCCUGUUGAUGUACGAACCACACAUGGCAGAAGCUCUGUAUUCUCUAUUCACGGAUCGCCACUUUGGCAGCGAUGUUCAUGUACGGCUGCUAAAAUUCAUCAGCGGAAUGCUAAAUACCAAAAGAAUCUCCAGCAAACACAAAGCAGCACUACGACUUUAUGAAAGUUCAAUCGAAUGCAACAGUUUGUAUCCUGGUUUGUUUUCGUUCAUGAUACCGUUCGAUUUGGAACCGGAUGUGAUACUUGGUUUGCUAGAUUUAAACCUUUGUUUAGAUUCUGAAAUGGGAUACGCUGGGGCAUUGUGCUUGAUCUAUCAUGCUAAUUUGUCGAGUUUAUCAUUGAAACUGGAGAUCGCCAAAAGGCUAAUGACCAGUACAUUUACCAAAGCAAAAUCACCUCAAAUGAUUGCCAAACAAGUGGGAUGGCAGGAAUCGAUUGCUCGGUUGUUGAUCAAGAAACCUGUUGAAAAUCGAUCCCUUUCGGAGAAAGAAAAUGAAAAGAGACAAAUUUUGACUGAUAUAGAAGAAAUUGUUAAACUGGAGAGUGAGUCAUCGAUUGGUGUGGGUCAAAAUGAUUUGAUUGUUUUCGACGAUGAGACUAUGGAACUGAAAGCUCAGGAAACCCCAAAACAACCAAACUCGUUUAUGACGGAAGCAGCGUCCGCGAUUGAAAACGAGAUUAAAGAAUUAGCCGACAGUGUACAGGAGGCCGUGGUUGACAAUAUCACAUCGUCGAUAACUUCGGUUUAUUCGGCACUCAGACAGAAAACUUACGAUAUACAGGAUACGUUGGAAUCCUUAACGCUGAGUUUCGAGGAAGCUUCCGGUAGAAAGAAAAAUUCGUCCUCCUUUUCCAGUAGCAGUGAUGAGAAUGUUUCUUUGGAUGAAUCAUUAGCAGUGUCGUCCAUGCGAGAUGAUACCCAUUCGACCAGAAGUGCUGAUGAUUUAAACAGUAGUGCUACCGUUGGAACCGAUGAUCCUAAUCUGAAGUGUUCUGAAGAUAGUGAUGAAGAAAAUUUAGUGUACCUUGUGUCGAAUAUAUUGUUUACCAUUUUGUGGCGUGGUGUAGAAAAUUCUAAUGAUUCGUGGAAGGAACGGGGACAAGUAAUGGCAUGUAUAAAUCUGAUAGCGCUGAAUAACGAGUUGUACUGUUCUCAUUUAAGUUUGAGGCUUCGGAUUCUUGAAAUGGGUGUGCAAGCAGCUCUAAUCGAUUUGGGUGAAAAUGCGCAGCUAGUCGUGACGCAUCAGCAAAAUGCAGCUCAAUUACUAAGGCUCGCGUAUGAUUUAGUAGUGCUCGAUCCGAAUGAAGACGACUCGAAAAAGUGCUCGACUAAAUUGUUAGAUGGAGUGCUAUCACUGUUAGAUAUCCUGAUGGUGUUUCAGCAAAGCAGCUCAGACGAUUGGUCUGAGAUGUCCCAUUUGUGUUUAGGUUUGCUACUGAAGUGUUCGCAUAAUCCAAACUCGGACAUUGUAGCAAUGGCUACUGCCAAAUUGCAUGCGCUGCUGCAAAAUCGUAUAAAUCAAGAUCCCGCGGAAAUUGGAUAUUUGUUGUAUAGUUUAAAUCAAGCCAUCAGUAGUGCAAUAGAGGUGGGCAACUCCGAACAGUAUUCGUUUUUAAUUCCUGUGUUGAAAGCGUUGUUGGAAAAGUCAAGAAUGGCUAUCGGAUUGACGACCAGUGCACCGGAUCUACCUUCCACGUCCUCGGGACCUAUCUUCUUCCAAAACUUUCAAAUGUACUGUACGAGUAAGCAGUGGACCACAUACAUUGAUAAGAAGAUUAAGCCACUGUACAGCACCUACCAGAAAGACUUAUCCAACUCGCUGUGGGAGCCGUUGAAUACAUUUUGGGCCGAGUGCUACGAGUCGUGUAAAUUUUCGUCUCAGCGUCGCGCCAAGCUGCAGAUGGAGAGCCGUCGGAAGUUCCAGGAGAAAAUAUUGAUCCCAUGCCGAAUACGGCAGUCGGAGGAACUUGCACGAAUCAACGUGCAGCAGACUCAGCGCAAGGCUAAAGAUGCACACAUUGACCGUAGGUGGCGUAUAUUGAAGCGGUUUUUGUACGGACCGAAGGGAGCGUGGGCCAAACUUUCUACAGAGGACGAAUAUUGGCGCCUUUCACAUCACGAGAACAUCGUUCGCAUGCGACUUAAGUUGGAGCCCGACCUGAACCACGAUCCACAUACUGCCGCCUCCAAUAUGCGGGACAACACGACUAGUACAUCCCAAAGUCAGCGAUUGUCGGCUGAAUUAAGUUCAACGAUAGCCCCGGCUGCACUCGGUGACGAAAGUGUCGAUGAAGACAUUCUUCUUCUGGAGGAAGAGAUGCGAAACAAUGUGGAACCACAAGUUCCUGAAACCUCGGGAAAAGAGAAAAUCGUCAUAUCUCAGGAAUGUGAGUUGAUAACACUUAUGACCAGAGUCAAAGGAAGACUGGACCUAACAACUAAUCAGAUAGUAUUCUCUGAAAUCAGUGCCAUACGAGACGACGGACAGCGCCAUGAUUUCAAAUUUCCGAUCAGUCAAUUGAGAGAGCUCCAUUUGAGAAAGUUCAAUCUCCGCAGAAGCGCUCUGGAAAUGUUUCUAAUAGACCAAACUAGUUAUUUUCUUAAUUUUACUACCAAAACUCGAAAUAAGAUUUUUACUAAAAUUCUAAGCUUACAACCACCCAACAUAUUGUACGGUUCUGGACGAUCACCGGCUGAAUUGCUACGAUCGUCAGGUCUUACGCAAAAGUGGGUCAAUAGAGAAAUAUCUAACUUUGAAUAUUUAAUGCAUCUGAACACAAUCGCUGGUCGUUCAUACAAUGACCUUAGUCAGUACCCAGUGUUUCCGUGGAUACUGGCGGACUAUACUAGCGAUAUCCUUGAUCUGAACGACCCGAAAUCGUUCAGGGAUCUUAGCAAACCAAUUGGCGUAGUCAAUCCAAAGAACGAGCUCGAAGUGAAAAAUAAAUUCGAAAGCUUCGAGGAUCCUUCGGGAAUGAUCCCCAAGUUCCAUUACGGUACGCACUAUUCCAACUCUGCGGGAGUUCUACAUUAUCUGAUACGUGUGGAACCCUUCACCUCGUUGCAUAUCGAACUGCAAAGCGGUCGAUUCGAUGUCGCGGAUAGACAAUUUCACUCUAUUCCUCAAACCUGGAAGCUUUUGAUGGACAAUCCAAAUGACGUAAAAGAGCUGAUCCCAGAGUUUUUCUACUUCCCGGAGUUUUUGAAAAAUAUGAACCAAUUUGACCUCGGAGUUCUUCAACAAACAAAAGAGCGAGUUGAUGACGUUGUGCUACCAACAUGGGCUAAAUCAGCGGAGGAUUUCAUAGCCAUCCAUCGGCGUGCACUGGAAUCUGAGUACGUCUCACAGAAUCUACACCAUUGGAUUGAUCUGAUAUUUGGAUGCAAACAAAAGGGACCGAAAGCUGUCGAUGCAUUGAAUGUGUUUUAUUAUUGCUCGUAUGAAGGUGCAGUUGAUCUGGAUAAAAUAACGAACCCAGUAGAAAGAGAAGCUGUGGAAGGGAUGAUUAACAAUUUUGGACAAACUCCGUCACAGCUUUUAAGAGAGCACCACCCGAAACGAUUAUCCCAGGAUGAGCUGACAAUGAAGUUGCUGAAAUUGGAGCUGAAAAAACCCGAUCUUACUUUGAUCCUUGACCGUGUCAAUUGUAUCCACUGUGAGCUUUCCACUGACAAAGAUCCCGUUGUGUAUUUGAGCACACCACGAAGCCCUCCCCGGUCGUUUUUGCAAACUAGUCCGGAUAUGCUCAUUUCGGUCACGAAAAACGGUAUUCUCGGUUGCAACAGUUGGAUGUCGUUUGACAAAGAGAAAGGAUUUCUGCUUGAAAUCGAUGCCACUACCUCCAAUCUGAAAAAUCGCAAGAAGCUAGUCGGUCCAUUCCAUCCUUCGAUAAAUUUGAAUUCCAAUCUAUUUGCUGUAAGUGUCGAUGGCAAAUAUUUGUAUGCCGGUGGCAUUUGGGACAACUCAGUUCGUAUAUUCAAUAUGGCACGAGGAAAGGUGGUUGCUUCGGCGAUUCAUCAUUUUGACGUAGUAACAUGUGUAGCAUUGGACAGCUGUGGUUCAUAUCUGGUGACCGGUUCCAAGGACUGUACCUGCAUUAUAUGGUCAGUCAACAAUGCUAGUACGAGUGGCGCUUCCAGUGCCUCGAAUCUGCAACCCAACACGGCAGCAAUGAAUCAAAAUCUGGCGGGGAACGUGGUUGGAAGUGCGAACGUAAUUCAUCUCACUAACAAUCUAACGCCGAAGCCAGUUCAUACGUUAUACGGGCACGACGGUCCGGUUUCCUGUGUGUCGAUCAUGACAGAGUUGGAUAUUGUUGCCUCAGGGUCACUGGAUGGAACCGUAAACGUAUACACAGUAAAAGAAGGUCAAUUUGUUAGGACAAUAAACCCAGUAGGUUGUACGGGUACUAAUAUAGAGAUAUCUUUCAUCAUCCUAUCCUAUCAAGGUCACAUUGCAUUAUCAGCACUAGACGACACGUCGCACUCGGUCCAUGUAUUCAGUAUUAAUGGUGUAAAUUUAGGUUCCAAGUAUGUUUCCGGUCGAGUUACAGGACUGACCACUGCAACCGAUUAUUUGGUUGUAUCCGACGACGCUGGAGACCUCACGAUGAGCCGUUUAUAUGGUUUGAAACCCAUAUUUGACAUUCCGCUUCAUAUUCCCACCCAAACGAUAGUGGCUACUGGUGGCAAUACCCACCUGCUGGCACCACUCCGCGAUGGAAGUUUGGCUGUGAUUGGCAUCAUGCAACCUAUUGCAUACAAAAAGCACACCGUUUUGAAUGUUUAAUGUUUUUUUUUUAUACGAAGAGAAUAACGGCACCAGUUUGUCGAUUGAAUAUUUAUUUUGUACCCUUUAAUAUUCGCCCUCCUAUGAUAAUUCAAUAUUUCCAGCAAAUCAAACAUAGCCUAGCCAAUACAAAAGGAAUCUGCGUUGUGCAAAUAAACAUGAGGGAUUCGCGAUACCUUUAUAUUUAGGAUGCAAGGAACAAAAUGCGUUGUGAAAUAAGCGCUCGUUUUGCUAAGAAUUAAAUACGCUUUAUAACACAAAUUUAGACGUGAGUAGAAAAGCUUCAUAUAACAAAUGACUACAUUUUCGAUUGGAUAUGUUAAAUUGUUUAACGAAACGUGACAUUAAGCGUCCGGGUGGAAUAGAUAUAAUUUUAGAAGAAAUGUUGUUUCUAAUGCAUGUUGUUAUUUUAUUGACGUAUAAUGUAUAACAAUCAUAGUGCAGAAUAAAUUACUGUUGUAAUCUA